AUGAUAUCGAGGGCCGAUUUAGAAAAAUGCAAAAAAAGCGAAUUAAAGUUCUGGCUUAACUGCCGUGGCUUACGUUAUAAGUCAACAGAAACAAGAGCUGAACUUCUUUCAAGGUAAACGUUUAUUAUAGACCAACUUGUUUUUAGUUUUGAUUGUUUAUGCGGCGUUUUUGUCAAACGAAAACGAUAACAUUAAUGCGAUAAUUAAGCUUAUUACCGACGUGACCUCUCUUGAAGGUUUGUAAGUUUGUUUGCACCGAUUACCUUUCAAAAUGUACUAUAAUACUAUCUCCAUUGAAUGUUUCUGUUUUCGAUCAUUAGCGUUUAAGUAUUUAUGUAUCGCUUUUAGGGUAAGACAGAACUUGGAUAAAGAUUUUAUUCUGAUCGACCCUGAUCCCGGGAAAGCAUACACACGAGCAAAAAAAAAAAGCAAGAUGCAGAUUUUGUUCUGGGAGGAGCAGCUUAGAAAUCCAGAAAGCCAAGAGCCCGAAGCACUGGUUACAGAUACAGAUGUAGACGUUGAAGAGAGCUGGAGUACUGAUACCUCAGUUCUUCCAAAGCGUUUUUCUUACCUUAAUAUUGUUGAACAUGCCAAAAAAUCCGGAAGAGAAGCAAAAAGCUAUGUUGAAAAGCCCCUCGAAAAGGGGUACAAGUUUUUCUAUGAAAAUUAUUGUCACGAUGUUUUAUGUAAGCUUGAAGAAAAUGAAAUCCAUGUAAAAGGGAAGUGCUUUAGAUCACAAAAGAAAAAUGAAAGGCCUCAUAAUGUUACUCUGAUACUGUUAACUACUGGAGAUGUUAAGAGGGCUAAGUGUUCAUGUCCAGCAGGUGCAAAUGGGUAUUGUAAUCACACCAUGGGUUUAUUAUAUCUGAUUGAUCAUGUCAUUAAAUUAAAGGCCCCCUGA